AACAGGCACCAAAUCAAGAAGUCCUCCUUAGAUCCCGCCACGGAGGGCAAUUUCGCACUGAGAAAGUACCAUCACAUUCUCUUCGAGGCCCAAACGCCUUUCCGCAGUUCAGUUUUUCACUUUUCGGUAUAGUGCUCACCGUUUCUUUCUCCGCCCGAAAACAUCCUGCUAGGCGCGUGCCAUCCACGCUGUUCAACGGUCGGUCCUCCUCCGUACUUAAUACCAUUUCUUCUUCCCAAUUCUCCGCUUCUCACCAUCUCUCUUCCUUUCUGAGUUUUCACUCUCUCUCGUUCUCUCUGUAAAAUCAUUGCUAGGGUUUUGGCUAAUUGGGGCUUAGCAACUAAUUAUUGCUUCAGUGUUCUACUUGAUACGCAAUUCUACGAUAAGCAAGCACAAUGAUUGAGAAAACCAAGAAACAGAAGAGGGGAAUAAUUAGUGAAGAAGACAUCUCCACUCUCCUGCAAAGGCAUACAGCGAAUACGGUGCUUGCAUUGCUUCAAGAAGUGGCUCAAUUCGAAGGCGUGAAGUUUGAUUGGAAUGCGCUCGUGAAGAAGACGAGGACGGGAAUUUCUAAUGCGAGAGAGUACCAGAUGCUCUGGAGGCAUUUGGCCUAUGGACACGCCUUGCUUGAAAAAUUGGAAGAUGGAGCUCAGCCUCUGGAUGAUGACAGUGAUUUAGAGUAUGAAUUAGAAGCAUUUCCGGAUGUUAGUAGUGAAGCUUCAACUGAGGCUGCUGCUUGUGUCAAGGUCCUGAUUGCUUCUGGUUUAUCAAGUGACUCUGUCCACCCAAAUAGUACAACAGUUGAGGCUCCCUUAACCAUAAAUAUACCUAAUGGACAAGCAGUAAAUUCGCAACCUGCUACAUUGCGAGGGAUGAAUAUAACAGUUCCAGUUUCUGUUCAGAAACAGCCUCUGCCUGCAGUAACAUCCACUGAAGGAUUGGAUGCAAACGGAUCUGUAAGUGGCACCAUUCCUGCACGAAGGAAAAGAAAACCAUGGUUGGAAUCAGAGGACAUGGAGCUGAUUGCUGCUGUGCAGAAAUAUGGUGAAGGGAAUUGGGCAAAUAUCUUACGGAGUGAAUUCAAGUGGGAUAGAACAGCUUCACAGCUAUCUCAGAGGUGGGCCAUCAUCCGUAAAAGGCGACUUGGCAACUGGAAUCUGGGAGGUAACACAAGUGGUGUGCAAAUAACUGAGGCACAGCGCGCGGCACUUCAUGCAAUGAAUUUAGCCCUUGAUCUGCCAGUUAAGAAUACAUUUACAAAUAACUCUGGUGAAACUUCAUCUUCCCAACUCCAGUCUCAACGCCCCUUUGCAACGAAAUCAUCUUCUGUGGGACCACUGGGUUCUGCUGCUAAUUCUCAAGUCGCUGUGAACAAAACAGUGAAGCCUGAUUUUAGUUCAAAUACAGUAAGAGCUGCUGCAGUUGCUGCUGGGGCCCGUAUUACUACUCAAUCAGAUGCUGCUUCAUUGCACAAGGCUACUCAGGCAAAGAGUGCUGUUCAUAUUAUGCCAGCAGCUGGUUCUUCAAUAUCAUCCAUGGCUGGUGGUGCAUCCAGCCACUUUGAGGCUCACCCUAAUGUUCAUUUUGAUGACCUGGCAGCUGUAUCAUUUCCCACCCAUCCAGCUGUCUCAUCCAAUGGCCAACACCUUGCUUUGGAGGCAGCUUCCUCACCAACCACUCAGCCUACUCCAAUUUCUAGUACGGCCAUGAACAUGUCAUCUGAACAGGCUCAUGCUGAACUUCAGUCAAAGCAAGAUGUGACAAAAGAGCAAGUCAAAGAACAUGGAGGCCUUGUCUGUGGAAAUGCUCCACGUGAGCAAGUUCAAGAAAGAAAAGCAGCCUUGCCAAACCAAGAAGCAGAAUUUAAAACUCAAGUAGCUGUAGCCCAGAGUUCUAAUGCUUCACGGAAAGUGGAAAUGGGUGAAAGUGACAUGGUCGAUGUCCCUGGCAACCAGGCUGAAGGGAGUCAAAAUUCAAAUGGUGAUAAGAGCACGUAUCUAGCGGUUGGAAAGGAUGAAUAUCAAUCUGCAGUUCAGGAGAAUUGUGGCAAUCAAAGCACGAGUGGCAAACAAGCUGAUCUGCGAAGCAUGGCAACUGAUGAAUGCAGCAAAAAAGUUGAAGCUGUAAGCAAAGCAGAACCUUGCAAUGUGAUUACAGAGGGAGGUCUUGUAUAAAGCAGCCGGGAAUUUCUUUCUUUUUUCCUUUUCAGGGCAAUCUUCCAUUUGCAUUUUAAUUGACUUCAGAAAUUAGUUAGGGCAAGUUAUAGAAUUUUGUGGUAAGUAAAUGAUUGAAUGCAUAUCUUUGUUAUGGUGCAAAUACAUUUCCUAUUUGCUUGGAGUGAUGAGAUUACUGGGAAUGCAUAUGAACGUGUAAGAAUUAAGGCUUUCUGUUGGGUGCUAAAAUGCCCUAAUUAUUUAUGUAAACAUUAACUUUUGUAAAGAUGGCAAUGGCACUUGCAUAUAUAAUGGAGCUGAGGUUUCCUUUC